GAAGCCGCACAUCUCUCUGUAGUAGUAGUAUAUACUACUCCAACGUCUGUUGGCGUCUCAGUUCCUUCUCUAUUCGCUAUCAUUUGCUUCGGCGAAUUUGUUACUUUUUUAUUUGUGCCCUUCUCUUCUCUCCCUCUUUCGUCUUCGUUUCCUUUAGCUGAUAAUUUCGUUUAGAUUGAAGACCUAAAUUUUUUACUACGACAUCCUCAGAGAUCGGCAUCGUAUUUGAUAUUUUUCUCUCUGCACAACGACGAUUCGGUUUGCUCUUGUGCCAUAGAAUUCUUGUUAUUCAUGCUCUGUUUUUAGCUUCGACUUCGAUUCCUUGACCCGAUAAGAUCAACAUGUCGGGUCCACUCGAUCGCUUCGCAAGGCCUUGCUUUGAGGGGUUCUCUGCCCAUGAUGAGAGAAAAGAACGAAAAUCGGAUUUCGAAAACUCGGAGGAUGACAAGCGGACGAGAAUUGCGAGUCUAAAGAAGAAAGCAAUCAAUGCGUCUAGCAAAUUCAGGCAUUCUCUUAAGAAGAAGAGCCGGAAGAAGAGUUCCAGCCGGACUAACUCUGUCUCAAUUGAAGAUGUUCGGAAUGUCGAGGAGCUGCAGGCCGUGGAUGAAUUUCGACAGUCACUUAUCUUGGACAACUUGCUUCCUACGAGACACGAUGAUUACCACAUGUUGUUGAGAUUCUUGAAAGCAAGGAAGUUUGACGUUGAGAAAGCAAAACAUAUGUGGGCCAACAUGAUUCAAUGGAGGAAAGAAUUUGGUACAGACACAAUUUUGGAGGAUUUUGAGUUUACUGAGUUGAAUGAAGUUCUACGAUACUACCCUCAGGGUUAUCAUGGUGUAGAUAAAGAGGGAAGACCUGUAUACAUUGAGAGACUGGGAAAAAUUGAUCCGAACAAACUUAUGCAAGUGACUACUUUGGAGCGAUAUGUUCGAUAUCACGUUAAGGGGUUUGAACAGUGUUUUGCAAUUAAGUUUCCAGCUUGCUCUAUUGCUGCAAAGAGACACAUAGAUUCAAGUACAACAAUUUUAGAUGUUCAAGGCGUGGGUUUUAAAAAUCUAACCAAGACUGCACGAGAACUCAUCACGCGGCUACAGAAGAUUGAUAAUGAUAACUACCCUGAAACACUUUGUCGAAUGUUUAUAAUUAAUGCUGGCCCUGGAUUUAAGAUGCUCUGGAACACGGUGAAAACUUUUCUUGAUCCCAGAACAACUUCAAAGAUUCAUGUUCUUGGGAACAAGUAUCACAGCAAAUUACUUGAAAUAAUUGAUGCAAGUGAGUUGGCAGAAUUUCUGGGCGGUAGCUGUACAUGUGCUGAUCAGGGAGGUUGCAUGAGGUCAGAUAAAGGACCGUGGAAAGAUCUAAACGUAUUAAAGAUGGUUCUUAGUGGUGAAGCACAAUGUUCUAGACAAAUAGUGACAGUUUCAAACAAUGAGGGGAGCGUAAUUGCAUGUGAGAAGCCGCAAUAUCCAAUGAUAAAAAGUAGUGACACAUCUGCUGCUGAGUCAGGAUCUGAAGUGGAAGAAAUAACUUCUCCAAAAGCAAAUAGGAUCUAUUCACAACCUAGCUUGACUCCCGUCCAUGAAGAAGCUAGGGUCGCUGGCAAAGGGAGCAGUGCUGGUGGCGUCUUGGAGUAUGAUGAAUACGUCCCCAUGAUUGACAAGGCUGUGGAUGUGGGAUGGAAGCAACCGGUAUUGCCUCAAAAGCCACAUGCUUCCAGAGGGACACCGCCUCUACCAAGCAUGGAAAAAACUCCAGAAGGAAUUUUUACUCAAAUCUGGGCUGCGCUGAUGGCCUUCUUCAUUACCCUCAUUACUCUAGUACGUUCAGUGGCGUUCCAGGUGACUAAGAAACUUCGUGACACCCUGCCUGAUUCUAACUGCAACAUUUCCAACCUGACUGUUGAAUCACCUGAGGAGGAAUUCCGUCCUCCUUCUCCUGCUCCGAGGUUUACAGAUGCAGACCUCCUCUCAUCUGCUUUGAAAAGGCUGGGUGAGCUUGAGGAGAAAGUAGACAUGCUACUGGCAAAGCCAUUUGAGAUGCCUUACGAGAAAGAGGAGUUGCUGAAUGCUGCUGUUUGUCGUGUGGAUGCAUUGGAAGCAGAGCUAAUUGCGACAAAAAAGGCUUUGCAUGAGGCUUUAAUGAGGCAGGAAGAACUUUUGGCGUACAUAGACAGACAGGAAGAAGCCAAGUUAAGGAGAAGGUUUUGCUGGUGAAAAAGAGACUCCUGUACAGGAGGAAUUGUGUGGUGGUAUGUUUGCACUACAGUCAUAUAUGCUUGUAUAUUUUUGCGAGAGUUGGUCUUGCAGAUAGAUUUUUACGUGAAUAAACAUAUAAUGUAAUUAAAACAAGCUAUUCAGUAUUCUUUUUGAGUUUUAUUAUGCUUAUGAUCAAGUUACGUUCUCCUC